GUAUCAAAAAAUAAAGAUGGAAAAGAACAAAGUGAAACUGUAUCACCGUCCGAAGAUGAAGCUUUCUCCUGGCCAGGUCCCAAAACAGUUAUGUUGAAGAGAACAUCACAAGGCUUUGGCUUUACAUUAAGGCAUUUUAUUGUUUAUCCUCCAGAGUCUGCAAUUCAGUUUUCAUAUAAGGAUGAAGAAAAUGGAAACAGAGGAGGAAAACAGAGAAAUCGCUUGGAGCCAAUGGAUACCAUAUUUGUUAAGCAAGUUAAAGAAGGAGGACCUGCCUUUGAAGCUGGAUUGUGCACAGGUGAUCGGAUCAUUAAAGUCAACGGAGAGAGUGUCAUUGGAAAGACCUACUCCCAAGUAAUUGCCCUAAUCCAGAACAGUGGUGCAACGUUGGAACUUAGUGUGAUGCCAAAAGAUGAAGACAUUCUCCAAGUGCUACAGUUUACGAAGGAUGUCACAGCACUGGCGUAUUCUCAGGAUGCCUAUCUGAAAGGGAACGAAGCCUACAGCGGCAAUGCCCAGAACAUACCUGAGCCUCCCCCAGUUUGCUAUCCCUGGCUGCCACCUGUCCCUCCGGCCAUGGCACAGCCAGCCGAAGUGUCUCCUCCAGACACAUCCUCGAAUAAACAGCAGACCACCACGCCAGUCCUGACACAGCCCGGCAGGGCCUACAGAAUGGAAAUACAAGUGCCUCCAUCACCAACAGAUGUUGCAAAAUCAAACACAGCAGUGUGUGUUUGCAAUGAAAGUGUAAGAACUGUCAUUGUGCCUUCUGAGAAGGUUGUAGACUUGUUACCCAACAGAAACAACCACGCGGGUCCUUCACAUAGAACCGAAGAGGUGAGGUACGGCCGAAGUGAGCAGGCCUCUUUAAAAGCAGUGUCGAGAACCACGUCACCGUCAUCAGUGUCCGCUGCCCCUGUAGUUCAUCAGACCGCAGGCUCCAGGUCGUCGGAAGCGUGUGGGAUUCUGCUGAAGUCUGCCAAUUACAGUGGCCACUCGGAAGGGGCCUCGAGCAGUCGAUCUCCAGCUGUGGACUCGCCUUCUCUGUCUGUUCAUCACUGCUCGCCCAACUCCCAUCAGCACAUAGACUGGAAGAACUAUAAAACUUACAAAGAGUAUAUCGAUAACAGACGAUUGCACAUGGGCUGUCGGACGAUUCAAGAGAGGUUGCACAGUUUAAGGGCGGCAUCGGAGAGCCCCUCGGACUACAGCCAGGUGGGGCCCGGCCGCCCCGCCCUGCAGGCACGCCGCCGCAGCACCUCCCAGGACAGGGGGCCCUCGGCCACCCCGCUCCGGCCGCGCAGCGUGUCCCAGGAGAGGCUGGAGGACUCGGUGCUGAUGAAGUACUGUCCGCGGAGUGCAUCCCAAGGAGCGCUGACGUCCCCCUCCGUCACUCUGAGCAACCACCUAACCCGCUCGUGGGAUUACAUCGAGGGACGGGGUGAGACCUUGGAACAGGCUGAUUCUGAAAAUCCCAUGCCUGAUUCCAGCGGAGAGCGAAAACAGACCUACAGGUGGGGUGGGUUCACUGAACAGGAUGACAGGCGAGGUGUCUGCGACAGGUCCAGGCAGCACGAGACUCCUAAACUUUUCCGAGGUUCGAAUUUGACUGUGGCCCCGAGUAUUAGUUCUGACAACCGGCGGAUCGUCGGUAGAGGGGUGGGAUCCAUGUCACCGUUUAAAAAGCUUCCACCCGAUUUAAAAGCUCUGCCAUCCAACAGAAGUUUGCAGGCUGCCAGUGGCAUGUCUCUGCCUCGGGGCAUUUCACAGGACAGGUCACCUCUUGUGAAAGUCCGGAGUCAUUCUCUGAAAGCGCCUUCUACACAUGUUGCAAAACCAUCAUUUAGCCAGAAUUCAUUGGUUUCUAUCAAAGACCAAAGACCUGUAAAUCAUUUGCAUCCAAACAGCAUUUUGACUCAGCAGAUGUGGCUCCGGGCUGAGUGCACCCUGGACCCCCAGCGGGAGGCCGGGAAGUCGUCCUCUCUCCCUGGAGCUUCUGCCAGGCCUGGCCCUCAGAUGGACGAGAGCUUGAGCACCUCGGAUUUAGAAUUAUCUGCCAGUCACAGGGAUCCAGGCCUCGGCUUACAGGAGGCCGAUGUUCCGCAGCCCCAUGCUUUAGACAGUAAAGAAGCUGUCGUCCUGAGAGAAAAGCCUCCAUCCGGCCGCCAGACGCCGCAGCCUUUAAGGCACCAGUCGUACAUCUUAGCGGUGAACGACCAGGAGUCGGGGUCCGACACCACCUGCUGGCUGCCGAACGACGCCCGCAGAGAGGUGCACAUGAAGAGGAUGGAGGAGAGGAAGGCCUCCGCGACCAGUCCGCCCGGCGACUCCUUGGCGUCCAUCCCGUUCAUAGAUGAGCCGACGAGCCCUAGCAUUGACCACGACAUCGCACACAUCCCCGCGUCUGCUGUGAUCUCAGCCUUGGCCUCUCACAUGCCCUCCAUGGCGACAGUCCCUCCCAGCCUCACCACUUCUGCCCCGUUAAUUCGCCGCCAGCUCUCUCAUGACCACGAAUCCGGGGCCCCUCCCAGCCUGGACGCCCAGCCCAGCUCAAAGACAGAAAGGUCCAAAUCCUAUGACGAAGGGCUGGAUGAUUAUAGAGAAGAUGCAAAAUUAUCCUUUAAGCACGUAUCUAGACUGAAAGGAAUCAAGAUCACGGACAGCCAGCAGUCGUCGGAAUGCUCGGGGUCCAGGAAGGGCUCUUCCUCCGAGGUCUUCAGUGAUGCGGCCAAGGAAGGGUGGCUCCAGCUCCGGCCCCUCGUCACUGAUAAGGGAAAGCGAGUCGGGGGCAGCACCCGGCCCUGGAAGCAGAUGUACGUCGUGCUCCGAGGCCACUUGCUCUACUUGUACAAAGACAAGCGGGGGCAGAGCACCCCGUCCGAGGAGGAGCAGCCCAUCAGCGUCAACGCCUGCCUGAUCGACAUCUCCUACAGCGAGACCAAGAGGAAGAACGUGUUCCGGCUCACCACGCCCGACUGCGAGUGCCUGUUCCAGGCCGAAGACAGAGAGGACAUGCUAGCCUGGAUCAGGACCAUCCAGGAGAGCAGCACCCUCAACGAAGAGGAUACUGGAGUUACUAACAGGGAUCUAAUUAGCCGAAGAAUAAAAGAGUAUAACAGUUUGAUGAGCAAAGCAGAACAGUUGCCAAAAACACCUCGCCAGAGCCUCAGCAUCAGGCAGACUUUGCUUGGCAGUAAAUCGGAGACAAAGACUCAAAGCCCACACUCCCCAAAGGAAGAGUCAGAGAGGAAACUUCUCAGUAAAGAAUCAAAAGAUGAUACCAGUCCCCCAAAAGACAAAGGCACAUGGAGAAAAGGCAUUCCAAGUAUCAUGAGAAAGACGUUUGAGAAAAAGCCUGCUGCUACAGGAACGUUCGGCGUCAGGCUGGACGACUGCCCUCCGGCGCACACUAACCGGUACAUUCCAUUAAUAGUUGACAUAUGUUGCAAAUUGGUCGAAGAACGAGGUCUUGAAUAUACAGGUAUUUACAGAGUUCCUGGGAACAAUGCAGCAAUUUCAAGUAUGCAGGAAGAACUGAACAAGGGGAUGGCUGACAUUGAUGUACAAGAUGACAAAUGGCGAGAUUUGAAUGUGAUAAGCAGUUUACUAAAAUCCUUCUUCAGAAAACUCCCUGAGCCUCUCUUCACAAAUGAUAAGUAUGCAGAUUUUAUUGAAGCCAAUCGUAAAGAGGACCCUGCUGAGCGACUGAGAACCUUAAAGAGACUGAUUCACGAUUUGCCUGAACAUCAUUAUGAAACGCUCAAGUUUCUCUCAGCUCAUCUGAAGACGGUGGCAGAAAAUUCAGAAAAAAAUAAGAUGGAGCCCAGGAACCUGGCCAUCGUGUUCGGCCCCACGCUGGUCCGGACGUCAGAGGACAACAUGACCCACAUGGUCACACACAUGCCGGACCAGUACAAGAUCGUGGAGACUCUCAUUCAGCACCAUGACUGGUUUUUCACAGAAGAAGGUGCCGAGGACCCUCUUACAGCAGUGCAGGAGGAAAACACGGUAGACUCCCAGCCAGUGCCCAACAUAGAUCACUUACUCACCAACAUUGGAAGGACGGGCGCGUCCCCCGGAGACGUAUCAGAUUCGGCUACUAGUGACUCAGCAAAAUCUAAGGGCUCUUGGGGUUCUGGAAAGGAUCAGUAUAGCAGGGAGCUGCUUGUGUCCUCCAUCUUCGCAGCUGCUAGUCGGAAGAGGAAAAAGCCAAAGGAAAAAGCCCAGCCUAGCAGCUCGGAAGAUGAACUGGACAGUGUAUUUUUUAAGCAGGAAAAUGUGGAACAGUGUCACGGUGAUAGCAGAGAAGAGUCCAAGAAAGAGAGUGAGACAUCGGGCAGCGCACAGAGGAUCCUCAUUGCUGAGGAAAGCAGCGCCAGGACAGACAGCAGCGUGUCCCGGGAAGCGAGGACCCCCCGGUCGUUGGGGCCCGGCAGGUCGCCCACGCCGCGCCCCCGACCCACCGCAGCCACAUCGGCCAGCAAGCCCCACUGUAGGAAUCCAUACCUGGAGCUCCCCUCUAGCGGGCAGUGGAUCCUGACCGAAGCUCUCACGGUCCCUGGCUGCGGGCGCUGGGCCUUUGGUCAGAGAAUUCCAGGGUCCCCACACCUGGGGCGUGGCUGUGGAACAGCUACUCCUCCGGCUCUGCCGAUGCCCGCAGCGCGGGAGAGCGCCACCGGGGGAGGACUCAGUGGCGCCCGCUAA